CUGGUGUUCGCCUUCCUCUUCUUCUUCGCCACCUUCAUGGUCGGGUCGGUGAUCACCGAUGUCACCAUGGGGGCGCUCUGCCCCGGUCGCGACGAGUGCUCCCUCGCCAUCUACCUCACCGGACUCCAGCAAGCUCGUUAAAGUUGAGAGUCGGGAACUAGGCCCUAGGCGGAAGAGUGAAAAGACAAGUAAAAAGCAGUGCCGGAUCGUCUCACGUGAGACUUUACACGGCGGUAUACUGCCUGUCAAAUCGGCCGGCAAAGCGAGGCGAGACGGCGACGCAUCCAUGGACCGGGCGACCGGCCACCAGUAAGCUCCUCCGCUGUCCCAUUGCUCUCGGACAAGGCACCACCAUGGCACUACGCCGGUCUGGCGGGUCUCCACUCGCAUCAUGUCACCGGGAGAGAGAGAAAAAAGUUGACGGAACCGCGCACUGUGCCCGGCGUGCCGCGCGACGCCGACGCCGACGCCGACGCGCACCACCGAUCCGAGCUGAUGCUGCGAGCUCGACAAGCGGGUGGCACACGACGGCGCAGGGGCCAGCGCAACACGCGUGCUUUCACGUUACGGGGCUGGGCGCGCUGGUGCUGACGCCGGUCGUCGGCAACCUGUCCGACAGGUACGGCCGGAAGGCGCUGCUGGCGCUCCCGGCGACGGCGUCCAUCGUCCCACUGGGCAUCCUGGCGUACGGCCGGACCAAGGGGUACUUCUACGCGUACUACGUAACCAAGAUGCUGACGGCGAUGGUCUCCGAUGGCAGCAUGAUGUGCCUCUCGCUUGCUUACGUGGCUGACAGGGUGCCGGAGGCGCGGCGCGCGGCGGCCUUCGGCGUGUUCACCGGCGUCUGCAGCGCCGGCUUCGUCGCCAGCACCUUCGCGGCCCGCUUCCUCCCCGUCUCAACCACGUGCCAGGUCUCCGCAGUGGCGGCGGUGGUGACGGCCGCGUACAUGAAGGCCUUCCUCCAGGAGACGGACGGCGGAGCCUCGUCCUGCAGAAGCGAGGAGGCGGCCUCCCUGCCGCUCUGCCUUCCCUCCUCCAGCAGCGAGGAGUCGUCGCCGAGGCUCCCGCCGCUUCGGAAAGCGCCGUCACUGUCGGAGAUAGCCACCCUUCUUACCAGCAGCUCAACCUUCUCGAGAGCGACCGUUGUCACAUUUUUCCACGGCCUUGGUGAGACAGGCCUGCUAAAUACACUACUGUACUUUCUCAAGGCAAAAUUCCAUUACAGCAAGAACCAGUAUGCCAAUUUGCUACUAAUUAUGGGCAUUACAGGAAGUUUCUCACAGCUAGCUGUGAUGCCCCUCCUAGUGCCAAAGCUAGGUGAACAGAAGCUACUUAUCAUAGCACUUAUAGCAAGCUGCGGGCACGUAAGGGCAUUCCUAUACAGCAUCGCAUGGUCGUCUUGGGUCCCUUAUCUUGCUGCAAGCUGUGUAGUAUUAAGCACGUUGGUGAACCCAUGUAUAAGGAGCAUCAUAUCAAAGAAAGUGGGACCUUUUGAGCAGGGAAUGGUCCAAGGGUGCAUCACUGGAAUAAGCUCAAUUGCAAACGUGAUAUCUCCUCUCGUUUUUACUCCUCUCACAGCCUGGUGUCUUUCUGAAGCUACGCCUUUCUACUUAAAAGGUUUCAGCCUUGCCUGUGCUGGAUUUGCAACGCUGGUAGCGCUUGCAACAAGCAUAAGUAUGAGGCCAGCUGAAGUACAGCCCGAUAGGAAAUAGAAGAGCUAUUGACCACUAUGGGUAAAAGGAGGUGGAUACAUGCAUGUACAUAGUUUAUACCGACCUUCUAUCAUCUACUAACCACUGUCAAUAGCCAUUGUGAAGGUUUAUGUAGUAAGCAUUAUAUAACUUGCACGCUGUUCCAUCACUGUUAGUUGAUUAACAGGACAGCAGGUAGUGAUGAAAAAUAUCAGAAAAAAUUAUGAUGCUUCAGUACACUCAUACUUGUCACCUUGUUGGGAACAUAAGGCUGAAAUACCUGAGCAAAGUUGUUAAA